CUCGCUUCCUUCCUCCCCGGGCCACUCCAAGGGCAUGGCUACCAAGGUGGACGUGAGAGUGAGUGGCCACCCAGGAGCUCUAGCCGGGGCACGGGAGCACCUUCAUGCGGUCACCAGGGACUACACCACCCAUCCGAGGCUGACCUACUGGACGGUGAGUGGCGUGAACGGCCCACUGGUGGUUCUGGACAAUGUGAAGUUCGCCCAGUAUGCUGAGAUCGUCAAUUUCACCCUCCCCAACGGCACUCGGCGGAGCGGGCAAGUCCUGGAAGUGGCCGGCCUGAAGGCAAUUGUUCAGGUGUUUGAAGGAACAUCUGGCAUAGAUGCCCAGAAGACCUCUUGUGAGUUCACGGGGGAUAUUCUCCGCACCCCUGUUUCCGAGGACAUGCUAGGCCGGGUCUUCAAUGGUUCUGCUAAGCCCAUUGACAAAGGGCCGACGGUUAUGGCAGAGGACUACCUGGACAUAAAUGGCCAGCCCAUCAACCCUCAUGGACGUAUUUACCCAGAAGAGAUGAUCCAGACAGGGAUUUCGCCCAUCGAUGUCAUGAACAGCAUCGCCCGGGGCCAAAAGAUCCCCAUCUUCUCUGCAGCGGGUCUUCCACACAAUGAGAUCGCAGCUCAGAUCUGCAGGCAGGCCGGCCUGGUGAAGAAGUCGAAAGACGUCAUAGAUUAUCACGAGGACAACUUCGCCAUCGUCUUCGCUGCUAUGGGGGUGAACAUGGAAACCGCCCGUUUCUUCAAGUCAGACUUUGAGGAGAAUGGAUCCAUGGAGAAUGUCUGCCUCUUCCUCAACCUAGCCAAUGACCCCACGAUUGAGCGCAUCAUCACGCCCCGCCUGGCCCUCACCACGGCAGAAUUCCUGGCGUACCAGUGUGAGAAACACGUCCUCGUGAUCUUGACGGACAUGAGCUCCUAUGCGGAGGCCCUGCGUGAGGUCUCAGCUGCCAGAGAGGAGGUGCCCGGGCGAAGAGGUUUCCCAGGCUACAUGUACACGGACCUGGCCACCAUCUAUGAGCGCGCUGGACGUGUAGAAGGCCGUAACGGCUCCAUUACGCAGAUCCCCAUCUUGACGAUGCCCAAUGACGAUAUCACUCACCCCAUUCCGGACUUGACCGGCUUCAUUACAGAGGGACAAAUUUACGUGGACAGACAGCUCCACAACAGACAGAUCUACCCUCCCAUCAACGUCCUCCCGUCCCUCUCGCGUCUGAUGAAGUCAGCUAUCGGCGAAGGCAUGACCAGGAAGGACCAUGGAGAUGUCUCCAAUCAGCUGUACGCCUGCUAUGCCAUCGGCAAGGAUGUCCAGGCCAUGAAGGCGGUGGUUGGAGAGGAAGCCCUCUCUGCUGAUGACCUUCUCUACUUGGAGUUUCUGCAGAAGUUCGAGAAGCAGUUCAUUGCACAAGGGGCCUACGACAACCGGACAAUUUUUGAGUCUCUGGACAUUGGCUGGCAAUUGCUCCGGACCUUCCCCAAAGAGCUGCUGAAGCGAAUCCCAGAGAGCAUCCUUGCCGAAUACUACCCUCGGGAGGCCAAGGCGACCCAGAACGCCGACACGGCCCUCUGAAUCUCAGCACGGCCCCUAAAGGGAGCUCUGCUCUGAGUAAGAGCAGAGCCACGACCCACCUGUGUUUUCUUUCCGCAUCGCAUGCUUUUCUCUCUGGUUGUGAAUGGUUGCCAAGGAAUGGAUGGCACGGGUUGUCCUGAUUCAAAAUAAAAGUGCAGAACUUC